ACCAAUUUAUUGAGUCACCACAGGAUAAGAAGUACUUGAGAUCUUCUUACAUCUCAGCAUAUGCCAUCCACCAUAAAUUUAUUUCUUCUACUCAGUCACUUCCAUUUUGUUGUUCUUGACGGACUCAGGAUUUCUUUUCAUGGGGACAAGCAAGUGAACUCAAACUAACUUUCCUACCUAUGAAAGUUCAAAGAAUAAAAUGUUGAAUCAAGUUCAUGAAAAUCCAGGAACCGGAAGCACACAUAUUGAUCAUCCAGAUAAGAAGCAGAUUAUCGAGAACAUGCUUAAGCUUAUCGAAGAAGAUCACGAAAGCUUUCUUAUGCGUAUUCGAGAAAGGAUUGACAGAGUUGGGAUCAAAAUUCCAAAGAUUGAAGUGUGUUACAAGAAUCUAUCAGUUGAAGGAGAUGUGUUCAUAGGGUCUAGAGCACUACCAACUUUGUUAAAUGCCACCCUUAAUGUCAUAGAGUCGUUUCUUCAAGUCAUUAGGGUUGUUCCAUCAAACAAAAAGGUGCACAAAAUAUUACAAGAUGUGAGUGGAAUAGUGAAACCAUCAAGGAUGACACUACUUCUUGGACAUCCAGGAUCUGGGAAAACAACAUUCCUAAGAACACUUGCUGGAGUACUACAAAAAGAUCUAAGACAAACAGGAGAAGUUACUUAUUGUGGUCAUAAAUUAUCAGAAUUCAUUCCUCAAAGAACUUGCGCCUAUAUUAGCGAAUACGAUGUCCACCAUGGUGAGAUGACUGUUCAGGAGACGUUUGAUUUUGCUGCACGUUGCCUUGGUGUAGGAACUAGAUUUGAUCUCUUGGUAGAUGUGUUGAGACGUGAGCAAGAAGCAGGGAUCACACCGGAUCCUGAUAUCGACGCUUUCAUGAAAGCCACAUAUUCAAUGGCUGGACAGGAACCUAGUUUGGUUUCUGACUAUGUUCUCAAGAUUCUUGGCUUAGAUACGUGUGCCGAUAUCUUGGUCGGCGAUCAGAUGCGAAGAGGAAUCUCUGGUGGAGAAAAGAAACGUGUGACUACUGGAGAAAUGUUAGUAGGGCCUGCAAAAGUGUUCUUCAUGGAUGAAAUUUCAACUGGUUUGGACAGUUCGACUACUUAUCAAAUCGUUAACCACUUAAAACAUAUGGUUCAUACCAUGGAUGCAACCAUGGUCAUCUCUCUUCUACAACCUGCACCUGAAACAUUCGAGUUAUUUGAUGAUAUUAUACUCCUUUCAGAGGGUCGAAUUGUGUAUCAAGGGCCUUGCGAAAAUGUACUUGAGUUCUUCGAAAAUGUAGGAUUCAAAUGCCCAAAAAGAAAAGGGGUUGCAGAUUUUUUACAAGAAGUUACUUCAAAAAAAGAUCAAGAACAGUACUGGUUGAAGAAAGAUGAACCUUACCGAUUCAUCUCUACACACGAGUUUACGCAGCUGUUCACUCACUCCCAACUCGGCCAUAAUCUUUAUAACAGUCUUGCGAGUCCUUACGACAUGACCAAUGCUCACCCUGCCGCUUUGGCAAAAGAGAAAUACGGUAUAUCCAGUUUGGAUCUUUUAAAGACGAAUUUAGCAAGGGAAUCGUUGCUAAUGAAGCGAAACGCUUUUUUGUACAUAUUUAAGACGUGCCAGAUUACAUUGUUGUCAAUCAUCGCAUUCACUUUGUUCUAUAGAACAACUAUGAAAAGUGGUCAGCUAAAAGAUGGUGGAAAAUUCUUGGGUGCAUUGUUCUUUAGUCUUCUUAAUGUGAUGUUUAAUGGUACGGCAGAGCUCGCGCUCACCGUUAUGAGGCUUCCUGUGUUCUAUAAACAAAGGGAUGCUUUGUUUUACCCGGUGUGGGUCUUUGUGAUCCCUAUUUGGCUUCUAAAGAUUCCUAUAUCCGUCAUUGAGUCUACCCUAUGGACUGUUAUAACAUAUUACACCAUUGGGUUCGCGCCUUCGGUUGACAGGUUUUUUAAACAACUUUUGACAUAUAUCUGUGUGCACCAAAUGGCUUUGUGUCUCUUCCGGUUGCUUGCUUCGAUUGGGAGAAGACAGGUGGUCGCAAAUGCGCUUGCUACCUUUACGCUGCUAGUAAUCUUCAUACUAGGCGGAUUCAUUGUAUCAAAAGAUGACAUUGAUUCAUGGAUGAUAUGGGGUUAUUACAUGUCUCCCAUGAUGUAUGGGCAGAAUGCCAUCGCGAUCAAUGAGUUUUUAGACGAUAGAUGGAACACUCCGAAUCCUGAUCCAAGAAUCAACGAAUCAACGGUAGGAAGAGUUAUACUUAGUUCUAGAGGCAUGUUCAAGAGUGACUAUAUGUUUUGGAUUUGCAUUGGUGCACUCGUUGCGUAUUCGCUGAUCUUUACCGUCUUGUUCAUUUUAGCAUUGACGUAUUUGAAUCCUCUUGGAGAUUCGAGAACUGUCGUCCCAAAUCAAGAUGAACAAACUAAACACAAAAGAAGAACAGCCAAAGAUCAAGAUAGAGAAAUGGCAGCUAAAAAGAGAGGAAUGGUGCUUCCAUUUCAGCCAUUAUCACUUGCAUUUUCUCAUGUCAAUUACUAUGUUGAUAUGCCUGCGGAGAUGAAAGCUCAAGGAAUAAAGAUGGAUCGUUUGCAACUGCUAAACGAUGUUAGUGGUGCGUUUAGGCCGGGUAUUUUGACAGCAUUGGUUGGUGUUAGUGGUGCCGGAAAAACAACUUUGAUGGAUGUUUUAGCCGGAAGAAAGACUGGUGGGUGUAUUGAAGGAAACAUUAGCAUUUCCGGGUACCCUAAAAAUCAAGAAACGUUUGCGCGUGUGAGUGGAUAUUGUGAACAAAACGACAUCCAUUCUCCACAUGUCACAGUUUACGAAUCGCUUGUGUAUUCUGCGUGGCUUCGUCUCGCUCCAGACGUAACCGAUGAAUCAAGACACAUGUUUGUGGAGGAAGUUAUGAAUUUGGUCGAGUUGAAUCCGAUAAGGGAUUCGCUAGUCGGGAUGCCAGGAGUAGACGGUCUCUCAACUGAACAAAGAAAGAGACUGACGAUAGCGGUUGAGUUAGUGGCUAACCCUUCCAUUAUCUUUAUGGACGAGCCGACGUCAGGACUUGAUGCAAGGGCUGCAGCCAUUGUCAUGCGUACUGUCAGGAACACCGUUGAUACAGGUAGAACGGUUGUCUGCACUAUUCACCAGCCAAGCAUCGACAUUUUCGAAGCGUUUGAUGAGCUAUUAUUGAUGAAACGAGGCGGUCAGAUCAUUUAUGCCGGACCUCUUGGACACCAUUCUCACCUAUUAAUCCAAUACUUCCAAUCGAUUCCAGGGGUUAUAAAGAUAAAAGACGGUCAGAAUCCCGCAACUUGGAUGCUUGAAGUCAGUUCUUCUUCGGUUGAAGCUAAACUUGGUGUCGAUUUUGCAACGAUCUUUGCCAAUUCUGAACUAUACACGAGGAACCAGAAUCUCAUCAAAGAGUUGAGCACGCCUGCACCAGGGUCCAAGAACUUGCAUUUCGCGACAAAGUACUCACAAUCGUUUUUCACACAAUGCAAUGCAUGUUUAUGGAAGCAACGACUUUCUUACUGGAGACAUCCACAGUACAACGCUGUUCGGUUCUUGAUGACGACAGUCAUUGGACUUGUUUUUGGAAUAAUUUUCUGGGAUAAAGGCCAAAAAACGAGCCGACAACAAGAUCUGAUGAAUAUGCUUGGCGCUAUGUACGCCGCUGUUUUGUUUCUUGGAGGAACGAAUACUUCUUCCGCACAGACCAUAGUGUCUAUAGAAAGGACGGUUUUCUAUCGAGAAAAAGCCGCAGGGAUGUAUUCUCCACUUCCUUAUGCAUUUGCUCAGGUGGCGAUCGAGGUGAUUUACAUUUGCAUUCAAACAUUUAUAUAUGGUCUUCUACUUUAUUACAUGAUCGGAUUCGCUUGGUCGCCUACAAAGUUCAUGUGGUUCUAUUUCUUCGUAUGUAUGUGCUUCAUCUACUUCACGUUAUACGGAAUGAUGCUUAUAGCGCUCACUCCAAACUACCAUAUCGCUGCGAUCACUAUGACAUUCUUCCUUAGUUUCUGGAACUUGUUCUCCGGAUUUCUGAUUCCUAGACCGCAAAUUCCGAUAUGGUGGCGGUGGUAUUACUGGGGUAACCCCGUGGCGUGGACCUUAUACGGGCUUAUUACAUCGCAGUUAGGCCAAAACGAAAACCUGGUUGAAGUUCCUGGAGCCGGUUCAAUUCCGUUGAAGAACUUCAUAAAGAAAUUUUGGGGAUAUGAAUACGAUUUUCUCCCAUAUGUUGCGGUGGCUCAUGUUGCGUGGGUGGCUUUCUUUUUCAUCGUCUUCACAUUCGGCAUCAAAUUUCUUAACUUUCAAAGAAGAUAGUCAUUUGAGAAAAGAUCUCAAAUCGCUAAUAGCUUGUAGACAGUCUGUGUAGCCUCGUAGCGAGUCCGCUUAUAUUUACAUCUAUGUUAUCUCUUGUUUGUUAA